GGUGAGUGUAAACAAUCAACAAAUAAGUUGUAAAGGCAUCGUAUCAAUUCAUUUGCAUUAUAUUUACAAUAAAAGUGUAUUGUAGCGUUAAUCUAUCCGAACAUAUUAAAACUAUUAAAUUAAAAUCAAGUGUAAUGCAGUGUUGUAGUUUUUAAAGCAUGCAAUAGCUCAAUACGGACGACGCUUGUGCUGUUCGAGACUGUGCGGGAAAACUGAACCAAGAAAGGACACGCAAAGAUGCUAACGAGCUGGAAAAGCUGGUGCCGACUCUGUGCGGAGGAAAAAGCGCUUUUAAAGCUGGAAUCGGUCCGUGAUGUCAAUGCGGUUAUUGGUAACUUUUUCAAUGUUUCGUUGAUCGAAAUCAAAGGCACAGCAGCGAGCAUAUGCGAGGAAUGUUUAGGCUUUGUCAACAAAUUGGAACACUUCGAAGCGAGAUGCCAUCAAACGAACCGGCUGUUUACCUACCUGGCGAAGCACUUGCCGGACGAAACGCACCCGCUCGACCUGAAGCAGAUCCGUAGCAAGUAUCUCGACGAGAUGCUUCCGAACGAUGGAGAUGAUGAGCUGUUUGAGGUGCUGGAAGCGGAGAGCGAACGUGCGAAGGAGCUGCUAAGCAUCGAUUCCGUGCUGGAAACGCAAGAUAUACAGGAGCUCGGUAAAGCGGCGGACGACAAUACGGAGGUGCUGUACCAAGUGGAGUCGCUAACUGUUUCCAGCGUUCAAAAUGAGCUGGAAAACAAUGCGAACGAGACGGAACAGUGGGAAAUGUUGGAGGUCGAUAUGGACGAUUGUAGCAAUGGUCUGGAGACGAACGAUGAGAACGUGGAAGAGGAGGAGUUUGACAAAUUUUCCGACUCGGAUUACGAACCAGAGACGAGCGGAUCGGCCAGCGGUACAAAGCGUGAUCAGAGCAAGGGAAAAGAUGACUCCGAGUCGCCGAUCGAUGGGGACGAUGAAAGCGUACCUGCUGAGCAGCCCCAAAAACGAAGGUACACGACGACCAGAGGCGAUUCCACCAAUCAGCAGGUGCAUCAGUGUAAAUACUGUCGGAAAACGUUCAAAUGCAACAGUCAGCUAACGAGGCAUGAGUACAUCCACCUGACGCAGGAUGGAAAGCCACGCUACUCAUGCGAAAUUUGUCGCAAAGUGUUUACUAAAUCCUCAAUCCGGCGGGCGCACAUGCGAAUGAUGCACGAGGGCGCAAAACCGUACAUGUGCGAGGAGUGCGGCAAACCGUUCAGCUCGAAGGGUGCACUGAAGGAGCACUACAUCGUGCACUCCGAGGAGCGACCGUUUAAGUGUGCGUACUGUCCGAAAAGCUUUAAAAAUGCGCCACGUCUCAAGACACACGAAGAUACCCACAACGAUACGCUGUACGUGUGUCCGCACUGUGGCUUGAAGCUCAACACCAAGCGAACCCUGAACAUGCAUAUGGUUGUGCAUUCGGAUCAGAAAAAGUUCAAAUGCCAGGAGUGUGGCAACGAGUACAAGCGCUCCAAGGCACUGAAGGCACACCUGAUACUGCACACCGGGCUGCGGCCGUACCAGUGCCCGUUUUGUGAUAAAACCUUUGCAAACGGAUCGAACUGUCGCAGCCACAAGAAGAAGUUUCAUCCGCGCGAGCUGGCCGCACUGGAGGCGGCGGGUGGGCAGAAACCGGCUGCCAACAUUCCGAAACUGGAACACCUUCAGCGAAAAAGCCAAAGCGAUGGGGAAGGCGUUGAGAUCACGAGGAAACACAUUCGCUCAACUGCGCGAGCAUCGAACAGUAGCAGAGGGAAAGAACGACAGGAACAACUGACGCUCACUGCUGAUGAAGCAGAUACGGAUGGGUCGCCGAUCAACUCUGUGCUAAAAAUGGAGCUUAAUGUGUGAAAAGAUAUCGGCAUAUCUCGCUGGUAGGUAGCUUAGGACAGGCAAUUGUAAGGUGUAGGUUAAGUAACGGUAAUUAAGCUAAGGAUUGCGGUUGAAUCACAACAGUUGUAUAAGCAAAA